UCACAGCAGCGCCGCUCCGCAUCAGAGCGAUGCUGUCGGUUGAUAUGUGCAGCUGAAUAUCAUUUCUAAUACCUCUCCGUUAAUGUCAGACUGUUUAGGACCAUUUUGUGUCGUGACUGAUAAAUAUGUAAUUAAUAGCAUCAACAGUUUCUGCGCGCACACUCACACUCACACAGAUGUGGCCGAAUGGCCGCGUGAGACUGCGGUAAAAAAAAAAAAAAAAAAAAAAAAGAACGUGCAGACUGCUCAUCCGCGAGCCCCUCCUUCGACGGAAACUUUAAUUCAUCUGAAUGAGUUUAUGGAUUUGCGAGUGCCGGUGUAACUGACUAUGUAACGGACACCGGGAUUAAUCUCACGAGAGCUCGAUUAGGCGCCAUCCAUCCGGUGGAGACGUCUGGCUAGAGGAAAGAGGCCCGUGACCCACUAACAGCAGGUGCAGCGCGGUAAGAGCCGCUUCCCUUUCUCCCGGCUCCCGUUAUGGUGGGGAGGUAGCGGCGCAGGGCAGCGGUCCCGUCGGCUCCGGUCUGUCGUUGUGGAAACGAGGGCGAAGCUCAGGCUCGUUUCGGUUCUGUCAGUUACGCGGCUCAGGGAAUAAGGAGUCGGCUUUUACCGGAUAGCGGAUUUUUCUCAUUCACAUGGGCGAAGACAAGGCUCGGUUCUGGACCCGGACUCGCAGCGGGGAAAACGGAGAAAACGGAGAGAGCGGAGCGCCUCUGGACCCGGACAGAGAGAAGAGAUAUGCCGAGCUGUUCGAGCAGCUGGACCUGAAUAAGGACGGCAGGGUGGACAUUAACGAGCUCAGGACCGGACUGGCAGCCCGGGGUUUACACCGGAGAGAGGCGGAGGAGAUUGUGCGUGAGAGUGACAUCAACCAUGACGGCUUGCUGGACUUUCAGGAGUUCUCCCAGUAUCUGCGGGCUCAUGAGAAGAGGCUGCGUCUCAUGUUCCACAGCCUGGAUCGCAACAACGAUGGUCGCAUUGAUGUAGGGGAGAUCCAGCAGUCGCUCCACAGCCUUGGAGUGGAGGUCUCCAUGGAGCAGGCCUCCAGGAUACUGCAAAGUAUGGACAGGGAUGGCACCAUGACAAUAGACUGGAAUGAGUGGAGAGACUAUUUCCUGUUCAACCCUUUCCACAACAUGGAGGAGAUUGCCCACUACUGGAAACACUCCCAUAUGUUUGACAUUGGGGAACACCUGACAGUGCCAGAUGAAUUCUCAGAGAAGGAGCGGCGGUCAGGGCUGGUGUGGAGGCAGCUGGUCGCUGGAGCCAUGGCAGGGGCAGUGUCACGGACAGGGACUGCACCUCUGGACCGCCUCAAGGUCUUCCUGCAGGUGCAUGGGUCCACGUCUCGGGGGAUUAACCUGUGGACGGGGCUGAAGGGAAUGGUCCAGGAAGGGGGUGUUAUCUCACUCUGGAGGGGUAACGGCAUCAAUGUUCUCAAAAUUGCCCCCGAGUCCGCCAUUAAGUUCAUGGCCUACGAACAGAUCAAAUUUGUGAUCCGAGGCAGUAAAGAGGGGGGCACUUUGCGGGUACAGGAGAGGUUCAUUGCUGGCUCUCUGGCAGGAGCCACAGCCCAAACCAUCAUCUACCCCAUGGAGGUGUUGAAGACUCGUCUUACCUUGAGGAAGACGGGACAGUACUCAGGUGUGGCUGAUUGUGCCCGGCAAAUCCUGAAGAAGGAGGGAGUUCGGGCUUUCUACAGGGGCUAUGUGCCCAAUACACUGGGUAUCAUCCCUUAUGCCGGCAUUGACUUGGCUGUAUAUGAGACUCUGAAGAACGCCUGGCUCCAGAGGUACUGCGUCGGUUCAGCGGACCCAGGAGUUUUUGUCCUGCUGGGCUGCGGUACUGUCUCCAGCACCUGUGGGCAGCUGGCCUCCUAUCCCCUUGCCCUCAUCCGGACACGCAUGCAGGCCCAGGCAACCAUUGACGGCAAUACUAAUCUCACCAUGGUGGGCCAGUUCAAACAUAUCAUAUCCCAUGAAGGUGUACCAGGCCUCUACCGUGGCAUUGCACCCAACUUCCUCAAAGUCAUUCCUGCUGUCAGCAUCUCCUAUGUUGUCUACGAGCACAUGAAGAAAGUCCUUGGGGUGGGCUCUUAGACCAAGACCAAAGAAAGAAAUGAGUGUACAGAAAGAAUGACGAGAAAGGUCCCUGAAAGGAAAUGAGAUGAGGUGAAGAAGCAAAGAAAGGACGAUCGGCACCAAGAAGUUUCAUCCUAGUUCUUCUGGUCACCCAGCUAAUCCUGCUGCAAUAACAGAGAGGGAGUUUGCCAUUAGAUUACAUUCAUUUGUGGAAUGUGCAGAAGAAGACUGGGCAUUGGUUCUCUUCAUUCCCUAUCUCAUGUCCACCCAGAGUCAUAUUUGUGAAGAGUGUCUGUUUGUCUGUGAGUGUUGCCUUGAACCCAUCAGAAGGGUAUAGCCUGAUAUGUACAAGCCAUGUCCCCUUGAACUUCAGUGGCAUUUAACUUACGAGUGACACUCAAGCCAUCGCUUCCUUUAAAUGCAGAAUCUAUCCCCUAAAGAUAAUGUGAUAAUUAGCAGGCCACAAUCACUUAAACUAAACCCACUUGUGACCAAUAAAUCCAAGAAUGCCAAGUUGAUACUUGCUGUGUACUGUUGACUAUAGCAGGAUGGCAUCACUCUCCCAGUGAAUGUUGAGACAUGCAUUCUCAUCACCAAGUCGGCAACUGAUGCAUCCACAGUUGGAAAGUAACCUUCAGGGAUUUUUAUCACUCUUCUCUCCUUGGCAGUCAUGUUUUGGAAUUGUAUUUUGGCUGUCAUUGCAUUUUUAUGUCCAGUGUGUCAGGGUGGACACAAGAAUGCAUCACUCCAGAACACCUAUUGAGAAAGACCCAAAAUCUGUCAGGAUUGGGGUUCACAUCUGCGAGGUGUAGAUAACUUGACAUGUUUACUAGAUGUUAAGAGAAGGAUCAUUUUUGUGUUAAAUGUCAGUGGGAAUAUGCAGGAUAUACAAAAGUAUAGGAUAUCGUACUGACGAAACAGUAAAACGACAAUUCCUGUAGAAAUAUUUGCUUCGUCAUCUUUGCCCAUCUGCCAUUUAAUAAAUUGCUUAUAUUCAAGGCAAAGGCUAUGUUCUCAUUGCAGUUGAACAUGUCCCAGAUUUUUCUACAUAUCUGAUGUUUUCUAAAUCAAUGUGAAAAGCAAAUAGCUGAGCAGUGUUAGAUUUUUCUAGUUACCAUCCAGACCACAUGGAGAUUGUGUUUCAAAAUAGGAUUCCGAGGCAUGCGACUGACAUUUGAGAUUUGCAUUUUAACAGUCAGAUUGGAAUAUGUCAGCAGUGUGAUGCCAAUUACUAAAUCAUGCCACUUGGCUAAACUUGAUGUAGCAAUUUUAAUAUAGAUUUUAUAUUGGUAUGUUAUACGGGUUACAUUGUAAAAAAAGAUAUGAACAGGCACCCAAACAUCAGAUAUGAGCAGUAAUUUAAAAAGAAGGCCUGCAGUGUGAACAUAGCCAAAGUGUCCAAAAUUGCCAGCAGAAUGCCAAAUGAUAGAGACACAACAUGUCUGUCAUUUAGCUUGGAUUAAUAGUGUUAUUUAUAACCACUUUUCUUUUACACUUGAUAUAAAAAUGCACCUCCGCUAUCCAGAUGUUGCUCUUUCCUUUACAAAAAGCAAAUUUAUGCUGCCUGCAUGAAGAUUUUCCUCACAGUAAAUGAAAAAUCCUGUGUUGCAAGCAUGAUCUCACAGACUUUAGGGACACACUAAUAGUGCAUGCACUGCUUUUGAACUCCCUAUGUCUCUUCAGUAGUGAGAAUAAGUUGACUGCAGUCAACAGCAUCCUCAGUAGUUCUCUGUAUGUGAAGGCUUUAAUAAGCUGGGUACAUCAUCCUACUACAUAACCUAAUCAUUUUUAAUGCAAAGAGAAUGACAAAAACAAAAAAAAAGUAGACUAUACAUAUGACUACACAAUAGAGAUUACUUACAUGUUCAUUUCCCCUAAAUGUAUGUGAAAUGAACAGGGUUCCCAGUUGUCAUGGAGGUUUUGAAAUAUCUGGAAUAUGCCAGAAUGCAUUUUCCACUUGUUUUAUACAUGAUUAUAUUAGAUGGUGCUUUUGAGGCCACCUGGAGUGGGAAUUUCACUGUUAACAAACCAAGAAUUAAGAAUAUUUUGAGCUCAUGGAAGUGCACUGACUUAGAUAUAGAAAGUCAUGGAAAUUUACAUCAGGACCACAGUGGGAAUUCUAAAUUAAAUAUUGUACAUAUACUGUUCUCUCUCAGUGGACUUUUCUAGACUUUUCUAGACUCUGACUUUGUAUGCACUGAAGACAUUUGUUUGUCUCGGGUCUGUCAGAGCUGCUGAUCACUGCAAAGAUCAUCUAUAACCCUCAGCAUCUCAGUUCAAACUGUGGUCAAUCAAAGAAAGUAUGAAAUGGUUUUGUUGUGGGGGUCUUCAGACAUUAAAUUAAAUCAUGAACAUCAGUAAUUCUUUGCACUAUAGUGUUUGAAGUGAAACUGAAGAUAUUUAGUUUAGAGUGAACAUUAGGUAUUUGAACAGCAAUACAUUGACACUUUGGUUCUGUACUCUUAAUUACUUGACUGUGAGAUGACACAGCAGUGUGAGGUCAAAGCACACAGUUUUAAAGUUUAAAAAAAAAAAAAAAACGACAAACAAGUUCCCUGUUUUGCAUGUUAUUGACUAUAUUUUACAUGUGUAUUAUAUGAUUUCUAUCUUAAUUCUUACAGAACUGCAGCAAAAUGUGCACCCCCAAACAAACCCAGGCGAGUCUGAAAUGAAAGAAUCUCACACUUGCUUAGGAGUUUAGAGUCUGGACGGCUUUUGAGUCUACUUGUUGUGGCAUUUCAUAUGAUCAAUGUGAAUACUAAGGAUGGAUUCAUCAGCAAAAAUAUUAGAAUUAUUACUUAUUCUUAUAAAUAGUUUUUGUGAUAGUGUUAUAUAUUAGUAUUAUACUUGAUCCAUAUUAGUAAUGGUACUUUUCAUUUUUUCACACUUUCACAUAAAUUCAAUAAGGCCACGGUUAGCCAAUCACAUUGAGUCAAUGAGACACCUGAUUGAAGUCACUUGCAAGCCUCAUGGUGUACUGUAUAUUAUCACUUUCACGCCAUAAAAUAGAAAUUGCUGUGAAAAGCAAAGGCAUACUUUUUCUCUUAACUUGUUUUCCAGUCCAGUUAGACGACUAAGUUAGGUUUGAAAAGCAUGCAUGUGAUAACACCCAGACUAUGCAAUUAUAAGGACUACUUAUGUUCAUGAUAGCAGUAUCUUUCCCCCUAAAUCAAACCUCUGAAAACUGCCAUUUCACAAAGUAGUGAGAUUACAGAGCCAAAGUAGCAAUGACAAAAAUAACUGCUGUCCUUAUAUUUUUGAAAACCCUUGUAAAAGUUUGGUUAAUUUAGUUGAAUAUUAGACAUUUUUAGCUUCGUCUCUAAACUGUAAAUAUUGCACAGGAAAAGAAUGAUGACUCAAAGAAAUAGAUUCAAGUGAGUGUGUCAUGCAUGCAUCAUGUAUUAUUUGGCGGCAGAUGACUAGUUUGGACAGUUUGCCCUAAAUAUUCAAUGCCAUCUGCUUGUCUGACUUACACCAAUUUUUCUAAACUUGUGGCACAUUGAACUAUUUUCUAAACCUUGUUCCCUGAAUUGGAACACUGAGGCAAAUACUUGAAUCAGGAAAGCAGCAGAAAUGGAGAUUUCAAGAAUUAGACGAGAGUUUCAGAGAAUGAGGGCAGAGACAAAAAUAAUAUAAGGAAAGAGGGGAAUUAAAUGGAUUGAAGAGGUAACUGCAGAUUCAUAAAGGGUGCAUGAACUUUUAUCAUGUUUAGAUACACCAAUGGGGUGUAUGAAAACUUUAUACUGUAGUUUUGUUAGUGCAGUUUUAAAGCAUUAUAUGUUUGUCAAGGAGGUGGUCGUAAACUUCCAUAGACUUUGAAUGUCAUUAUUUGCAGAGUAGACAAAAAAUAUAUUAUCAUCUGUAGUAUAUUGCUAUGCUUAUGAAUGCCUACAUCCUAAAGAGUAUUUUUUUUAAUUUCCCUCCCUUUCAAGCCUACUUGAAAUGAUGAAUGCUUGUUGCCAUUGAGGCCUUGCAAGCAGAACAUAUCUUAAGCAUGAGUGCAUGUUUUCCAAGCCUUGUAACAAUGUACAAGCAGUCAGCUUUUAUGUCUAAGGACUCUUGCCUUUAAUAUUGAGCUUUCAACCCAAAUGACAGCUGCUCAGUAUAGGUUUGACAAGGGCCACCAAGAGCGCUUUUCUAGUUUUGAUAAACCAUCAUUGUCAGUUUAAUGUGUAUGUGCACUUUGCCUCAUUUAUGUUAAAUAAAUCCUUAAUAUUGCAAAAAAGAAAAGAGGGUUGUAAUUGUGAAAUGGCAUCUAAUGAGCAAAUGUUUUCUUGUUUUACACAGCUUAGAUAGUGCAGUUUCCAUUCAACUAUAGUGCAUCUUGCUUGGUUACAUUCAGACUAUUGUCCAACUGUCCAAGUUAGAUUUGGACUAUAGUCCAACUGGCCUAUAGUUUGAUUGGCAGAGUUCCACUUGGACUGUAGUUCAACAGAUCUAUAGUCUAACUGGCCAAGUUACAUUCAGACUGUAAGCCCAACUGGCCUACAGUCUGGCUAGCAGAGUUACAUUUGGCCUAUCAUCCAACUGGCCACGUCAGAUUAGUCUGACUGACAGAGUCACAUUUGGAUUAUAGUACAAUUGACCUAUAGUCCAACUGGCCAAGCUACCUUUGGACUAUAGUCCAACUGGCCUAGUUACAGUUUAUAUAUGGUUAUAUUUUUUGCACAUAGUCAUAUUCAAAUGUAUGACAUAUUUCGUUUGAAUGAAUGUAACAUGGCUGAUGCAGUCUAUAACUUCAUUACUGAGUUAGAUCUAACAAGAUUAUUUAACAUACUGCGAUAUUUAAUAGAUGACAGGCCAUUUUUAAUGUUCAUUUCUUGUAAUCCAGAUGCAUGAAGAUUGCACACUGUGUUUCAGACUGGUCAUUCUCAGCUUUGGUCAUUUAAUGUCCAUCACCUAAGCCUGGUUGUUGCAAUAGCAGGGAAUUCAUAGGACAGUGUGUCUUCUGGUAUUACAUUUUUUGCCCACUUCUGCUCCUAAUGUGGAUACAUUAGUCACCAACUGGCAGUAAAUGAUAUCUGUCUGCAUUUUUGAAAGUCUGAAGGACUUUAUUACCCAGAGACCACAUAAGGUGAUGUCAGUAAACUGUGCGGCAGUGGAUGAAUAAGAUGACAUUUUGUUCCUACAACCAGAAAGUGUUCAACAUAAUGUAGGGUCAGUACUUACACUAAAUAACACAAGGACCUCUUCUGCUGAUCAUUUUGCUAAGUCAGUGUUUUUGGAUGCGUCACUAAGGUUGUAAAUGCUCUUUAGUUACAGAUAUACUUUUGAAAUUGCUGCAAAUAAAGGUAUGUUUUCAGUC